AUGGAAUAUUCAACUACUACCGUUUCAUCAUCAUCGAUUAACAAUGACCAUAAACGACAACAAGCACUUGACUUUAUUGACUUUCUCAAUGCUUCUCCAUCACCUUUUCACGCUGUUCAUGAAGCUUCAAGACGUCUCGAGUUAGCCGGCUUUGAACGUAUUAGUGAAAAAGAAAGUUGGGAUUUAAAGCGUAUGGGGAAAUAUUAUUUCACACGUAAUGGUUCUUCUCUUGUCGCUUUUAUUGUUGGGGGUCAAUAUGAGCAUAACUCAAGUGGGUUUUCAAUUGUCGGUGCCCAUACAGAUUCUCCAUGCUUGAAAGUGAAACCCAUUUCUAAAAAGGAACAAGUAGGCUAUCUAGAAGUUGGAGUUCAGCUUUAUGGAGGUGGUAUUUGGCAUACUUGGUUUGACCGUGAUCUUGGUAUUGCAGGACGUGUGAUGGUACAAGAAGAAGACGGUUCAUUUAAACAUACACUUGUUCAUAUCAAAAAGUACUCCAAACCUAUUUUGAGAGUACCUACUUUGGCUAUUCAUUUAGAUGGUUCUGUUAAUGAAGCCUUUAAAUUCAACAAGGAAACUCAUUUGUUACCUGUACUAGCGACAACAGCAAAAUCUGUUUUGAAUGCUGUUAAAGAAGAAGAUAAAUUAUGGGGGUCUAAUCAAGUAAAGAAGCACCAUCCAGCAUUAAUCCAUCUAUUAGCUGAAACAAUGAAAAUAAAUACUCAACAAAUAUAUGAUUUUGAAUUAUGUUUAUUCGAUACUCAACCUGCCACUCUAAGUGGUGUCUAUGAUGAAUUUAUUUCCUCUGCUAGAUUAGAUAAUCUCGGCAUGUCAUACUGUUCACUUAUGGCCCUUAUUCAAUCUAGUAAAGAUAUUCAAAGAUUAUCAAAUGGACCCAAUAUAUCAAUGAUUUCACUUUUCGAUAAUGAAGAAAUUGGUAGUACUUCAGCUCAUGGAGCCAACUCAAAUCUUUUACCUUCAGUUAUUGAAAGAAUCAUAUCUUCCCCAAUUAGUAAAAAGGCACCACCUACAGACACAAAAAUUGCCUUUGAAAAAGCUAUUCACCGUAGUAUGUUGGUGAGUGCAGAUAUGGCACACGCAGUUCAUCCUAAUUAUGCAGAGAAAUAUGAAGAAAAUCAUCGACCUCAAAUGCAUAAAGGAACUGUUAUAAAGAUCAAUGCUAAUCAAAAAUAUGCCACUACAGCACCUACUAGUUUAAUUUUACACGAAAUAGCGCGUCAAAGAAAUAUUCCAAUUCAGGAAUUUGUUGUACGUAAUGACUCUUCCUGUGGAUCUACUAUUGGACCUAUGUUAAGCGCUAAACUUGGACUAAGAACGAUUGAUAUUGGUAAUCCUCAGUUAAGUAUGCAUUCUAUUAGGGAAGUAGGAGGAGUAGAUGAUGUAAAGAAUGGAAUAGAUUUAUUACAAGCUUUCUUUGAUUUAUUUCCCUGUGUUGACUCAAUAGUAACAGUUGACUAA